AUGUGAAGUAACAGUUUAAACCUUGGACAUAUGACAUAUGUUAAAUUAUGUGUAAUGAAAUGAGUAAUGUACAUACUUUGACAGACAUUUUAAUUAUUGUUCCAAUAUAUCGGAAUACAAAUAUAUUUAUUAAUUGUAAGUUUUAUCAUAUGAUUGUGAAUCUUAAUUUCAAAUUAUUCUCCUAUGCCCACCCCCCACCCAGUUGUUUGUUGUUGUUUGUUUGUUUUUUGUUUUUUGGGGGGGGGGGGCAUUAUAAAUAUAACAUUAUUUGUGAUCCCUCGGGGCGGGGUGUAAAAAUCGCUGUGGUGUACGUAGGCCAAAGUCAAUAGUUUCGCUAGGUAAACCUCCGCUUUUUAUUAUUGUUUCAAUAUAUCGGAAUUCAAAUAUUUUUAUUAAUUGUAAGUUUUAUCCUAUGAUUGUGAAUCUUAAUUUCAAAUUAUUUUCCUUUGCCCACCCCCCCCCCAGUUGUUUGUUGUUGUUUGUUUUUUUUUUGUUUUUUGGGGGGGGGGGGCAUUAUAAAUAUAACAUUAUAUGUGAUCCCUCGGGGCAUGGUGUAAAAAUCGCUGCGGUGUACGUAGGCCAAAGUCAAUAGUUUCGCUAGGUACACCUCCGCGGUGUACGUAGUGCCGGCCAAUUUAUUUUUGUAUUUAACUGUGAUAACUUGUGACGGACUUUCCAAAUUUUUGCCAUAAUAUUUUACCAACAAUUUUUUCUUUUUAAAGGAUAAUGCUAUCAAAUUUUCAGGAGACUUUCUUAAUGCCAUAUACAACACUUUGAAUGACAAAAAUUUUACUUAACAUCAAAACUUUGAAUUAUGGAUAAUUUUAUUUGAGUGUUUGUUAAGAAUCUAAGAAAGAAGUAAACAUAACAAUUGGAAACACUAUUAUUUAAUUAAGGAAAAAAACAAAAUAAUAACAAGUUUAUUGUUUAAUUAAGUAUACGCGUCAUUUAAAUUUUAAAUCAAUUCUUAUAUUAAUGAAAGGUCAGUUGAAGUCUUUAAAAAAAAUACUUAAAUAUUGUUAUUUCAAAAUCUGCUAUUGGUACGUGUGCGGAAAUUUAGUUUUCUACCUGCAGCCGGAUGUACGAAAUAUAAUAUACAUUGAAAUAGCUAAACCAACCUUUUAACUGUUCAAGGACAUACCUGUGAGUGUGGGGUUAAGCACUAAGUUUCGCAUUUCUUUGCUUUGAAAACAUUGUGUUAAGUAAGUAUUGGCAUAAUUACGGACCCAAGUUACAUGUAAUAUUUUGAACCAUAAUUGACGAAAGGCUGAUUAAUAAAUUAAUAAUAAUGCUUUUGCAUGCAGCGUGGCCACUUUUUUGGCCUAAUCUGUAAUCCCCUCACUGCCCCAGACGCCUCGUGUUAAAGGCUUUAACUUUAUAAUAAGUUUAUUUUAUUAUUAAUGUUAAUAAAAGUAUUUUAUACUAAGUAAAAUUUAGUUAAAUUACUGUGUUCAAACACAACAACCAUUUAUCAUUUAAAUUUAAUGUGUACCAGAUAAAAAAAAGUAGGCCUACACAAGUUUUCAUGAAUUUUUGUGGUAAAUUACAGUUACAAGGAGGAAUGCCACUAUAUCGAAUUUCACGAAUGUAUCCCUAAAUCGAUCCCUAUGCCUAACCUGAACCCUAAAUUGAUCCCUCAACCUAACCUAAACCCUAAUUCACUGCAGCUAUAAUAAACACCCUAAAGACGCCAUGGCAUUCGUCCUCAGAUUUAGCCAUUUUGUCAUUAGUGGUGCUAUGAAGUCUAAAUCGCGGAUAAAUCUUCUGUCUUCAAAGAUGCAUCAUAAGUUCCCCAAUUGGUUGUAUCUAAAAGGCAGUGUCUACACGUCCGGCGCGCCGGACGUCUAUCUUCCGCACUAUGUGUCCGGCGACCAAGUCACAUGACCGCCGUAACAAAGUGGCGAGAGAUAUCGUGUCGGUCAGCCUUGUCACGUGACUGCGAAUAAUUCAAAACUAUUGUUAAUUUUAAAAUCUAUUUCUCUACCAAAUAAUGUACUGAGUAUCUUGAAUGCAAAUAAUAGAAAAAGAAACUUAAGUGAAAGUGGCUUGUAAACAUUUUUGUUUAGUUUGUUAUUUUUUGUGUACCAGUAAUCCAUAAAAUAAAUUAGGGGCCAGUGUGGCAACCAAUAAAAGUUAAAGAUUUCAUUUUAAAUUAUUUCAAUUGCUACAAAAUAUUUAAAAACUUCUCAUGAAACUACUGUUGCUGAGGAACAUGAUAAUAUAAAUAUAUACAAAAUAUUUUAAUUAAAAUGGGAAGAAAAAAAACGACCCUAUCCCCGGUAUAGAUCCUCAAACAUUCCUAUCGUCAUGCAACCACUCUACCACAAGACCAGACAAGAUGUACUAAAUCGUACUUCGUUUGGAAUUAUAAAAACUACUAGCCGUCCGGCCAUGUCCGGCGGUCACGUGACAAGUCGCCGGACGUGUAUCUUGCGCACUACACGUCCGGCGCGCCGGACGUGUAGACACUUCGUAUCUAAAAUUGGCCGACUUCGGAUUAGUGGUUAUCCAUGGCAUUGGCAUAUAAUGUACUAAAAAAAUAGGUCACAGAGGUUCUCCAUAUUUCAUAUCCAAAAGCCAAAAGGUUUUGAUUUUUAUAGUUCUAUGCAAGGUUUUGUCUUAUUUUGUUCUGCGUAAGGGACUCCCCUCUUUAUAAGUUGAAGAUUAGGCUACUUUUUUUCUUAUUAUUGUGGUACGGUAUUCAGAAUAUGGAGGGGUACCAAUUUCUGUCAAAUGAUGUGGGUUUUUUGUAAAAUUUGUGGUAGUGGGUGGUAAAGAUCUCGGCCUGCCCUGGGUGGCACUAACCCUCGCUACGCCAAUGAGACAUUCUUCAUCCCUAGCUGUUGGUGUUUGGGUACUUCAAGAUUAGGGGUGUGCCGGAGUCCGGUCCGGAAUCCGGUUCCGCCGGAUUUUGCACUAUCCGGUGAAAUCCGGUUCCGCCGGAUUUACAUGUAUCCGGAACAACCGGAAUCCGGAAUAUACCGGAUUUCGGAAUUUGCCAGAUUUUGUGACUCACCGGAUCAUAAUCUGAAAUAAAAGUAAUUCUCUUUCCCGAAUUCCACACGAUCACGAUACAUUAAUCGAUUGUUUCGAGCGUUGAGCUUGUUUAAUGUUUAAUAUUCCGUACAUACCAGAGGCUAGAGUCAGCACCGCUAAUAGUGGCCAAUAGUGUAGGGACUUUGAUAAGAAAAUUUAAACUUUUUGUAAAAAUAAACCAAUGGCAUAGUUGAAAAGAUGUAAUUUUUUAAAGAAUUAUAACACCAAAAUCAUAUUUUUAGCUGUUGUAGUUUUAAAGUUAUGAAUUUUUAAAGUACGACUUGGUUUGUCAUUUUUUAACAUGGACUGCAUCUCCACAUUCUGUGAUCUCAUUCCACCAAUCCCGUCAUGCGCAAUGACUAUAUAGUUUAUAUAAGGCAACGCAUUCCCUGCCUUAUCACUAAAAUACUGUUUAGACUUAGUUUAAACUUUCAACUUUGGCACAUGAAUAAUUAAUUAAAGCUUUCCCUGACCAAUGGUUUAAUAGUUUUUGCACACGGCAAACUCUUAUGAAUGAAACUCUGAGGUAGUACUACGAUACAGUUAUGCAAGUGGCUGUGAAUGGUUGCCAAUGACAACGUGUUGCACACGGUAAAUUCUGAUCAUUUAUAAUAUGGAUUCUACCGGGUUGUUAAAGCUCAAAUUAAAACAUUCCAGUUUAAAUGUCUUUAAAUGCAUUCUGAAACACAAGUUAUCAAUUAUUUUGAUGUAAAUAGUGAUAAUAAAUUAAUAUUUCCUAAGUAUCGUCAACUUCCGCCAUUAAAAAGGGGGGCGUGGCCAACCCCAUGGCGAAAUUAGGUUGAGCGAGCUGCAUGACCUGCUGCGAACGCGUAGAAACAUGGCGUCUCUCGUAAGACACAUAUCCAAAUGGAACGGAACUCGAAUAUAUAUCGAAAGUACUAAUUUAAUAAUAAAUAGACACACACAUCGGAAAAUUAAAAACUCGGAUUUUUUUGGCGCUGUUUGCGAAUUCCCAUACACAAAAAGUAGUAGUCCACCUUGACUUACCGAAGUAUCUACCAAUAGUACCAAAAUCCGGAAUCCGGGAGAAACCGGAAUCCGGAUUAUUCCGGAUCCGGCGUAUUUCGCAUAAGAAAAUCCGGAUCCGGUUGGAAAAAACGGAUCCGGCACACCCCUAUUCAAGAUCAUGUGCAUAAGCCACGUCUCUGGAUUACACCUUGUAACAUAAUCCCUAGUCCACUCAUUCUAGUUCCGCUCAUUAUAAGGGCUAUUGUUUCUCAAAUGUAUACCAUAAUUGGAACAAGCUCUUUAGUAUUAUUAAGUUGUGCUGGCUCAACCAAUAAAAUCAUAUUUUUUAAUUAAUUUAUUUUUAAUGAAAUUGAUUUUAGGAUUUAAGAAAAUAAUUUUUGCCAUACUAUCUUUAUCAUGACUAUUAAUCAUUUUCCACCACUUGCUUAGCUAAGGAAGUUCCAACGUAAAAUUAUGUGGAUUAAGCAAAGUUCAAUACUGUUGAAUCAAUUGAAAAUGUGUAGUGACAAUGCAGGGGAAAAUGACUCCAAAAUAAAAUUUGAGUUUCCCCAAGUUUUCUUAACUUUUUUUGUUUUUUUAAUUGUUUAAAGGUUUUAGGUAUAUCUAUUCCUUUCAGAUAGAUUAUCGAAAAAAGGCAAAGUACUAGCAACUUAUUGUUGAAAAAACAGCAUGAGCAUCAUCCACUCAAGCACUCGUGUUGUCCGAAAAUUUGCACUUAAGGGAAAAACUGGCAACAGGAGGACUUAUUCACAAGUUUCUGAACCAAUAUUUAGAGUGGAACAGGUUAGUAAUAAUGUAAAUUAUCAAAUGUAUGACUUUAAUACUGGAAGUUUAAGAUGUAAAAGUUUAAAAACUUAUUGUAGACUUGUUUGAGUAAAUUAAUGGUUUCCUUUUCUUCAAAAUUUUAAGAUAAAAAAAAAAUAGGAAAGAUGUCCUAGACAGUAGUUUUAAGUGACAUUUAUAAUAGAAAAAACUGAGUGGAGCUUUAGCAAAUUAAGCAUGUUAUUAAAAAUAGCUGAUUUCAUCAACAAAACAGUUUUUUUAAAACAAGUGUGGUCUAUUUAUAGUGGAUUAUUAAUUGUGUUGUGAGAGUAUGUAUAUUUUAUAAUCUUUCUUCACAUACCCGGUACUUAGAUAUUUUUAUUCUUUGCAAAUCAUUUUACCAGUGCUUAAUUUCGGGAGCUGGUUGUCCAGUUAGCAAGGCCACUAAAUAUUAAAAAAGUGUGUUCAAAACUUGAAAGAAAAGUCAACAAGACUUUGUUAAAAGGCUGGCCAUGGCCUAUUGGGGCAGUGACAAAAUCAGUUGUACAUUGAAAAUGUGUGAUCAGUCAUGAAUAACAGCUUUGCACUACAGUUGAUUUGCAGCUAGACAGCACAGCACUUUCUGGUACAAAGCCAGGCAGUCCAUUUUAUCUCAGGGGAUCUAAGGUCUACUCCAGAAGCAGCAUUUAAAAUACAUACUAAUACUAAUAUUGAGCCACUAAAUCUUAGAACAGGGACAGCUGUUAUCGAGAUGAUUUAAAUGUACAGAAGGCUAGACAAGCAGCAUCCAAACAAUUGAUAAAAAAUGGAGAACAAACCAUAGAAUUAAACAGAAAUCAUUACUAGAUGAGGCCUCUGAAAUUGAAUGGAAACACCACGUACCAACAGAGAUGACUUGUAAAUCAUACCUAAAGACCUAUCCCCAAAACAAUAUUUAUGAACUGCUUAAAUCAAAAACAACCUAAUAGAAAAGUACAGCUUUCAAAGGAAUCACUACAUGCAGGCUAUGUUGAACAAAUAGAGUACAGAGACCAAUCAUUUGAUGAACUCGGCAACUCCUAGCAAGGGAUCAGCAGUAAUUAUGAAGCUGAGGCAACUGCUAUUGAAGUGCUUUGUUUAUCCCAGUAAAAUAAGAAAUGUUGUUAUCUUCUGGGACUGCAAAGCAAUACUUAUCAAUAACUCACAAAAAAACGUAAAAUCACUACUUGAACUGCUUCUGAAAAUUAACACCUUCCGUGAAACCCAUGCAGUCAAGUUAAUAUUACAAUGGAUACCAUGAUACCACAAUAAACAAGGAAAAGAGCGAUUUAGACAAACUAGAAAAACAGGGAGCAUCCAAUGAACAGCCAAAUAUACCAACAUCACUCAACUUUGCAAAGAAGAUAAUCAGAGAUAACAAAAACAAAAAAGAGCGUUUUAAUAGAUUGGGUAUGGGCUCAACAAGCAGAUGUUUUUCACACACAUAUGCCAGCCCAGAGCCAACUAAACUAUCUACCAACUAAACAGACUACACCACCACUCUAUAUACAAGCAAAGAACAGCUUCAGAGUAUGUGUACAUUCUUCACCGAUUGGCACAUGCCCGAAUUGCUAAUGGAUUUGAAAUGAAGAUAAUGAAUUACGGAAGCCAUGCUGUGACCAGGUUAUAUCCAAAGGUUUGAUAUAGAGAGGCAUGUUGAUAGCCGGGUUCCAGUUUAUUUAAAGAACUUUGCAUAGUUUAGUUUAUUACACUAUGUUUUGGCGCCAAGGAAAAUGCAACACACACUCCCCAAAGUUAGCCUUCUCACCCACUUUCUUAAACUUUACCUAUGUUAGCACCCUAUCCAUUGUUAAUCCUCACGCUCACCUUACCUUGCCAUUCCCUUAAAACUUUAAUUUACUUCCCCACUUCAUAACCAUGGAGGUGAACACUAAAUAAAUUAAUUUUCUUGGUGGUAUCCUUAAAUAAAAAGUUCCAAUUUGUCUUUUUUUCACAGCAUGCCACCUCACUGACACAGACCCAUAGCGGAUCCAGCGGAUGGGCAUUCCCAGCAACCUUAGCCAUUAUAGGGCUAGGUUUUUCAUUAUUUUGCACCAAACAAGUUGUGACUUGUAAUGGAACCAUCAAGGCAUUUGCCCAGCCUACAAAGAAAUCAAUUUGAAAUCUACUCAUUGCAGAUAUUUUGUCUAAGUAGAGAUGAUCUUCAUGUGACUGCACAGUCUUGGCUGGACAUUAAAAGAUGACGGUCUCAUAAUUAUAAUGGUUUUUGUUAAAAUUUCAAACAGCAUUCAACUAAAAAAUAAAUGCAUUUACCAUAUGGUACAGUUGGCAGUGUCCACGAAAAAGACCUGCCUUGCAAUAAACAGUACUUAAGGGUGAAAUGAAAAACCCCUCCUUUUUUUUAAAUAUUAAUUUUUUUUGCUAAUGAACCAACUCACAGCAAAGCUAUAACCAUUUAAAAGAGCAAAAUGUUGCCACUUUGACAUCUUAUUCAAUAACCUGUUAUUCAAUAAACAGUGCAGAAUUAUCUGAGGGUAGGUACUGGGGGUAGUCAAAAUAAAGAUGUUUGAAACUCCCUCUUUGAAGAUCUAUGUUGUAAACAUCAAAUAUGGAGCAGUAUGUAAACACUAUUGUUCAUUUUCCCUGUGUGAUAAUAGAGUGUAGUUCUCUAGUUUACAAAGAUGUCAUUAAAGAAUAAAAAUUAAAGCUUUGAUUUGAAAGUUUUGCUCCUAACAUCAUUUUGUUUUAAUUUCAUUUUGAAAAGUUGAUUUUUUAAAGAAUUUCUAUCAUUUUAAAUAUUUGAUUGCCUUUUAUCUUCAGGAUGAUUGUUUGUUAUCAACCCAGUUGUUCAUUUUGUUUCAUGGGUUUUGACUCACUUUGACCCUUUUUUAAUAUACAACUUUUAUGCUAAAAUUUACUUUUUGAUUGGAGGUAAUAAGCUCCUGUUCUGGCAAUAGUAAGUAGUGUUAAAUUGUCAAAAUUAGGUCACUAUUUCUACUCCAGGAUAAUUGUGUUUUGUCCAUAUGGUAACAAUAGCCUCAUCUCUCUUAAUUGGUAGCAUGUGCCCUCUGACCAGAGGCUAUGGUGAAGAUUUUCAGGUCUUCCUCAUUGGUCAUUGUACAGCGUGUGGCUGUUUGGCAUUUGUGGGAGGUUACUGCUCCAUCUGUCCUGGGCAAUGAAACUGUUGGUCAGGUGAUAUCAAUCAAUCGAUAUGUUCAUUUUUAGCAGUGAAUAUCUAGCAAUUACCGGUUCUGUCUGAUAGGUUCAUUUUUAGCAGUAAUAUCUAGCAAUUACCGGUUCUGUCUGAUAGGUUCAUUUUUAGCAGUAAUAUCUAGCAAUUACCAGUUUUGUCUGAUUAUGUUCAUUUUUAGCAGUAAUAUCUAGCAAUUACCGGGUACAGCAAGUCUAUGAUCAUUUAAUUAUUCUCUGCGAGUAUAAAGCAUGAAAAAUGUCGUCAUAAAUUCAUGAAUCUUUAUGUAAGACUGUAGCAAGUUGACCAGCUCUGAUGGAAGAUUGGAUUACUACUAAGUGUUGCUCACAAAAAUCAAUGCAAUGAAAUGUUAUAUUUGUCUGUUUACUAUUUAUAGGUUAUAAUAUAUUAUUUGUUUAAUUUUAAUGUGUUAAUCAAAUGCUUGGGGGGCUUAUAUUUUUCCUCUUCCCACUACAUUGUACAAACCGUACCAAUUUGAGUGUUUUACCUGUACAUACUGUUUGUCGUGGCCAUUUGUUCCUUGCUUUGAUAUCUUGCACUGUGUGACUCACAAAAGACUUGAUCUAAAUAUUAAAUUCAAUGUAUUUUGUACAGCCGUUUCAAUAACUAGUAUAAAUAAAAUAGAAAAUGGUACUGAUUGUAUUUAUGUACAUAUUUCAAACAAUGCAAAUGAGUGGUGGGUAAUGGUUUUGCUGUUACGCCAUGAGUUGUCAAUAAUUCUAAUUUAUAAUGUAGCUAAUGUAAGAUAAUAAAUCUACAACUUUUACA